CAGUCCACUUGGUGGCGCCAAUGCCCUCAGUGUUUUAAAGCGGUAGAAGAAGAAGACGUUGACCCGGAAAGUUUCUAGCUAUCCGUCUGUGAGGAGGCCGAACGAUCAGCUCUCUGGUGAACAUGGGCCGCCACUUUGGAGAUUUGGCCAGGGUCAGACAUGUGAUCACGUACAGCCUGUCGCCCUUUGAGCAGAAGGCUUUCGCCAACUACUUCUCAAAGGGUAUCCCCAACGUGUGGAGAAGAUUCACAGCUUCUUUCUUUAAAGUUGCCCCCCCCAUGAUCCUCACGUAUCUGAUCUACAGCUGGGGCAGCAUGGCCCAUGAGCAAGGCAAGAGAAAAAAUCCUGCUGACUACGCCAAUGACAAAUGAACGUUUUCCAUCUUCUGAAAAGCUGCUCUGUUAACUUUAACUCUGUGUAACCAAUAAAAAUGUUAAAUGUUUGUGUGAAAUCA